GAGGCCUACAACUAAACCGCGUUGAGCUUGCUGUGUUGUUUAUUGUCGACAUAUCGGCAUAUGUGGGCCGCGCAGAAGGCGAGAGAGGCGACAGCGUGUUUUUCUCACCGAUGUCUCCUUUCAGUGACACUUCCUCACUAGGGGGUUCGUCAUUUAUAGUCGAAGCUUGGAGCACAGCUGGUACCCCAGGGUGUGUAAUGUCACAUAGGAGUUUCGAUUAUUUAAAGAAUAUUUUUCCUGACACAGAAAAAACAAGCACAUCGUCUCAUUGUCCCCCGCCUAACUUUGGACGCUCAGUAGCGGGCUCUCUCUAGUCAGUGUCGCUUGCACACUGCUUGUUUUGGAUAUGGGUGAAAUCUGCUCAAGGUGCGGGCAAUGACACAUUUAACAGGAUGAUGGACAAGGACGCUUUGAAAGGAAUCUUCACUCUGUCAUUUGCAUGGUGUUUUCUGGUUUCAGUUUCUGGAGAGGUCAUCUCUCAAGAUGGCUACCUAAAUACUAUGCAGAGUGCAGCUCCUCUGUCCUGUUCAGAAGGCUUCACUGAGCUGGGCUACUACAACGGCUCUGUGUCACAGACUGACUCUGGCUCGCCCUGCCUGAAGUGGACAGAGUUCCCAGACUACGUCCUGCAGUACCCAGGCCGGGGGCUGGGCGACCACAGCUACUGCCGUAACCCUGACCGCGAGUCCAACCCCUGGUGCUUCUUCCGCCAGAGCUCUGGAGCCAUCGGCUGGGCCUACUGCGACUGCCACCAGGGAGCUGCCAGGUUGGUAGGUGGGUCCUCCCCUCAGAGCGGGCGUCUGGAGGUAUAUCUAAAUGGCCAGUGGGGGGCGGUAUGUGACACACACUGGACCGACCGCGAUGCCAGUGUGAUCUGCAAACAGCUUGGACUGAGUGAGAUCGGCACGGCCCUCCAGCACUCCUACUUCGGGCCCGGCUCUGGACUCUUCCACUAUGAACGCCUUGGAUGCCGUGGCAACGAAAACACUCUGCUGGAUUGCAGGAGUCGGAAGUUUGUCACCAGCGACUGUAACCAUGGCAACGAAGCGGGGGUGGUGUGUGCUGCACCUGAAGGCAAUGGCGCCCCCUUGAGGUUGGUAGGUGGCCUGGAGGACUUCGAGGGUCGUGUGGAGGUGUACCAUGAUGGGAGGUGGGGCACGAUCUGUGAUGACCAGUGGGAUGACAUCGAUGCUGAGGUGGUCUGUCGGCAGCUGGGACUGGGGGGUGUACCCAAGGCGUGGACGUGGGCUCACUUUGGCCAGGGCUCUGGGCCCAUCCUCCUGGACGGGGUGCAGUGUACAGGCAAUGAGCUCUCCCUGGAGGAGUGUCCCCACAACAACUGGCAACAACACAACUGUGACCACAUGGAGGAUGCUGGCGUGUCCUGUAACCCAUAUACAGAUGGUGUAGUACGGCUAGUGGGGUCUGACAGUCCCUGGGAAGGUCGUCUGGAGGUGUACCACUCUGGGGACUGGGGUACGGUGUGUGACGACAACUGGACUGAGCACCACGCACAAGUGGUGUGUAGACAGCUGGGCUUCAGAGGGCGUGCAGAGGUGACAUCAGACGGGCUGUACGGAGAGGGCACAGGGCUGAUCCUGCUGGAUGAGGUGCAGUGUGAAGGCUCAGAGGGCACCCUGCUUGCCUGCGGGCACGCCGAGUGGGGUCGCCAUGACUGCUCCCACAGCGAGGACGUAGGGGUGCGCUGUGAGAGGGGGGGAGAGACCAAUGAGGUGCCAGGGUUGCCACGCAUCGCAGGCCCUCUGGUGCGACUGGUUGCUGGAGAGAGCCGGAAGGAGGGGCGUGUGGAGGUGUUUCUGAACGGCCAAUGGGGGAGCGUGUGUGAUGACGGCUGGAAUGACGUCAAUGCUGCAGUGGUCUGCAGGCAGCUGGGAUUUGUUGGGGUGUCAAAGGCUCGCUCCAUGGCAUAUUUUGGAGCAGGCAAGGGCCCCAUCCACCUGGACAAUGUGAGGUGCAUGGGGGCUGAGGUGUCCCUGGGGGAGUGCCCGGCCGAGGGAGAGGACGCCCAUGACUGCAAGCACAGCGAAGACGCAGGGGUCAUCUGUGACUACGUCCCCGAGCCGGUGGGAGACGGCGCCAUAAUAACGCAGACCUGCGGCAUGAGGCCAAACACACAGCGCCGCAGGAGGAGGAUAAUUGGAGGGGACAAGUCAAUCAGGGGGGACUGGCCAUGGCAGGUGUCUCUGUGGCUCAAGUCCCAGUCCAAAGGGAACCAUCCACUGUGUGGAGCCACGCUCAUCAACUCCUGCUGGGUCCUGACUGCUGCACACUGCUUCAAGAGGUUUGGAAGGGACCCAUCGCGCUACAUGCUGCGACUGGGUGACUACCACACGGAGGAGAGGGAUGACUUUGAGCGCAGCCUGUCCCCGGAGCGCAUCAUCAUUCACAGGAAGUACCACAGCCAGGGCUGGGAGUAUGACAUUGCCCUGCUUAGGCUGAAGGGCACUGAAGGCAACUGUGUGGCCUUUAACCCUCAUACCAACUCAGCCUGCCUCCCUGCGCCUGGCAGCAAGUGGGGCAAGAGGCCAGCCGCCUGUGUCAUCACAGGGUGGGGCAUCACAGACUCAGAAUACUCCCGUACUCUGCUUCAGGCCUGGGUUCCCCUGCUGCCCUCCUGGAAGUGUAAGAAGCGAUACGGCGAGCGCUACACCAGCCGCAUGCUGUGUGCGGGCAGCCUGUCGGACCGUCGGCGCGUGGACAGUUGCCAGGGUGACAGCGGUGGUCCCCUGGUGUGUCAGGGAGAGGGGGGCCGCUGGGUGCUGACGGGGGUCAUCUCCUGGGGUCAUGGCUGUGGUGACCCCUCCUUCCCUGGGGUGUACACGCGGGUCAGCAGGUUCCUGCGCUGGAUUGACCAGGUCACCAACAACCCUCCAAGGAUCUGAUGCUGCCACUGUGCCAUUGGACAGCUCACGUUAUCAUAUGACUUUGGGGAGGUGGGGGGAUUAAAGGCGCAGUGACCGGUUAGAGAGGGUUACCACAUCCGGGUAUCUGCUCAUGGUCUCACUCAUAAAGUUGCACAUCCAGCAGAGCGCGUUUAAGUCACUUUUUGUUUUGCAUACACUUGGAGAAGCCUGUAUGGCAUUGUGCAUUCUUGGUUGUGUGGAAAUACCACUUUGAUGAGAGCAUUUAAUGCAUCAAUGGUUCAAUUAUGAGAGCCAGACUGCAUAGGGGAAUGACAUUGCACUAGAUUGCAUGCCAUAGUAUCAUACUGCGACACCCGUGAAAAGCCAAUGAAUGGUGCCAAUGGGACUAAGUCUAGUCAGAAGCAUUAGGUGGAGUAUCAUUAAGGUACAAUAUUGUACAUUUACAGUACAUAUGGCUUCUAAAUGAAUAAUUGUUUCAUGAACAUUCCGAUUGUGCAUGCAUUUUAACUUAUGCCUAUACUAACGUGCUCCACUCUUGAUUGAAACAAUUGGCCAAAUUGGUCAGCUUACAGAUCGCUGGUUUAGAUCAUAGGAGAGGCAUGAGUGGGCCUUUAGGAGGCUCUGUAAAUGUGGCAAUGAUGACAUGGCUUCUCACAAAGGCUUAAAUGAUGUCUGCCUGUUUGCCUGCCCACAUACAGUAUCCAUCUGUCUACCAAUUUCUCUUAAAAGCUGCACUUUCCUAUCAGCAUUAUGUGAAGCCAGAGGGGGCGGGGUGAGUGUGUGUGUGCAAGCAUGUGCGUGUGUGAGAGCGUGUGUGUGUGUGUGUUUACAUGUAUGUGUGCACUGUCAAUUUAUUUUUCAUACAUCUCAAUUCUAUACCAUAUCUUUGAGUUUGUCUCAAAGAUAUGCAAUUCCCAAAUGAUCCAUGCAAUAUUCUCAUCAUUUUUAUAGUUUGACAAACAUGAACACAUCUUACAUACUUACCAAGCCUAUACAGUGCUGACGUAACAUGGUCACAUUCCACUCUGAUUUUGAAACUCUCAUACUGAAUAGAUGUCUAAGCUUCAUGUGGUUAUUACUAACGCAAAAUUCCAACUAUCUGGUUUUAGUACUUCAAUCCCAAUAGGAAACAAACUAACUACUCCCUAAUACCGCCUGUACACUUGUUGGAAUGUUUGUUUACAGUUUCCACUGAACGUUCAAACCCUCUUUUGUUAUAUCGGGCUUUAAGUCACAUGACUGCAUGUUUACGAUUGUCACUGAACAGGACAACUAUUUAUUCUGUGAUAUUUUCUUUAAAACAAUCUUCAGACGCUCGCUCCUGCCACUGUCGCUUUUUCAGUGAAGGAUUUGUAUUCAACUCCAGCCAGAAUGCUAUAGGUCACACCUCUCUUCAUACAUAUCCUGUAAGUACUCUGUAUAAAAUAACAUGAAUGUUAAGGUGAAUAUAUAUCAUGUGUUUUUGAGUGGUGCCAUUAAAUAUCUGAGUCACU